AUGAAGGCAUUCGUCGUUAACAAAUGGCUCAAGGGCCCUGAAGAUCUCGUGCUGCAAAAUAACGUGCCUGUGCCUGAACCAAAGGAGGGUGAGCUGCAGGUGGAAGUAAAGGCAGUUGGUCUUAACUUCUUUGAUACAUUAAUGAUUCAAGGCCGUUAUCAGAUCAAACCCCCGUUCCCCUUUAUUCCUGGAGCCGAGUUUUCUGGAGUUGUAACAAAGUCGCGCGCACAUGGGUUCAAGGCCGGUGAUCGGGUGUUUGGAAGUGGAUAUUCUUUUGCUGAAGUGAUUUCUGUUCCAGCCAAGAGUGUGUUGGCAAUGCCCGAUCACAUGUCGUUUGAAGAGGCGGCUGGUAUCUACAUAACAUACCCAACUAGCUAUAGUGCUUUGGUGCUGCGUGGUCAAUUGAAGGCAGGAGAAACAUGUCUUGUACAUGCAGCUGCUGGAGGUGUCGGUAUCGCAGCUGUUCAGAUCGCAAAGGCUUUGGGGGCUACUGUCAUUGCCACUGCAGGAUCCCCUGAGAAGCUGGAGGUAGCCAAGUCUUACGGCGCAGACGUUGCAAUCAACUACCGCGAUAAAGACUGGGCAGAGCAGGUUAAGAAGGCUACAGGUGGACGUGGUGCCGAUGUUGUAUUUGAUCCAGUUGGACUUGUAGAAGAAAGUACCAAAUGCACUGCAUUCAGUGGCCGUAUAUUGAUCAUUGGAUUCGCCAAGGGUACAAUUGAGAAAAUUGCCAUGAACCGCCUUUUGUUGAAGAAUAUCUCAGCAGUUGGACUUCAUUGGGGAGCGUACGUAAAGCAUGAGCCAGAGAAGAUUCCUCUAGUAUGGGCCGCUUUAUUCGAUCUCUUCAAGACCGGAAAAAUUAAGUCUGCACUUUAUGAUAAGAAAUACAGCCUGGGAACAAUUCCUGAGGGAAUGCAUGCUAUUAAUGAGCGUGCUACACACGCUAAAGUAAUUGCCGUAGUAACUCAAAAUGAGAGCAAAUUGUAA